GCAACUCUUACGACUGCUCGGCCGGAUCGAUAUUCUUUGCGGCCUGGUGCGGUGACUCCUCUGUUCUAAGCAUCGGAAGCCGUCCACCCGUUGUCAGUCACUACACGAUAAGACCAGCCCGAUUAAAUCUUCGGCUUUUGCAGCACUCAGCUUGCCUUCAGUUUUUCGAGCCUCUUUCAUCAACCGAGCUGAAUUUCGCGCUCUACUCUCCAGAAUGGCCGACCCAUUUGCUCCACGCUCUAUGAAGCGCAAGAACGUCAAAGGACUUGCACUUAAAGCGGCUGCCCCUCGACCCCCACCAACCGCCGAAACCAACCAUCAUGAGUACAGCGGAAGCCAAGAUGCAGGUAAGGAUGAACAGUUGGAGAUCGGUAUCGAAUACAAGUUGGACCUAAGACCCGAGGAUCUCGAAAUUCUUAAGGAGUUGGGAUCUGGUAACGGUGGUACGGUCAGCAAAGUGAAGCACCUAACAACGGGAACUGUCAUGGCUCGCAAGGUUAUUCAUGUGGAGGCCAAGCGAGAAAUACGGAAGCGAAUUGUUCGAGAACUCCAGAUUAUGCACGGCUGCCACUCUGACUACAUCGUGACAUUCUACGGUGCUUUCUUAACCCCAAAUAACGAUGUUAUAAUGUGUAUGGAAUACAUGGAUGUGGGUUCUCUUGAUCGAGUCUCGAGAGUUUUUGGCCCCGUUCGAGUCGAUGUUCUGGGUAAAAUUGCAGAAGCGACUCUUGGUGGUCUGACAUACCUUUACACAAAGCACCACAUCAUGCAUCGUGAUAUUAAGCCAUCCAAUAUUCUCGUUAACUCGAGGGGUUCGAUCAAGCUUUGCGAUUUUGGUGUUUCUGGCGAGCUUGUCAAUUCUAUCGCUGACACCUUUGUCGGAACUUCCACUUACAUGGCACCCGAAAGAAUUCAGGGUGAGAAGUACACGGUCAAGUCAGAUGUCUGGAGUUUUGGUCUGAGCAUCAUGGAACUUGCUAUUGGCAAAUUUCCUUUUGCUGCCAGUGAGCAACUCUCAGAUGGCGAUUGCGCUCCCGCGGGUAUUCUGGAUUUGCUUCAACAGAUUGUUCACGAACCGGCUCCCAAGCUUCCAAAGAGUGAUGCUUUCCCUAGCAUUCUGGACGAUAUGAUUCAGAAGUGUCUUUACAAGGAACCUGAACGCCGACCAACCCCCCAGGAGCUAUUCGACCGUGACCACUUCGUACAAGCCGCCAAGCGUACUCCAGUUGAUCUUAGAGAGUGGGCUGUCGGUAUGAUGGAGCGUGAUAAUAGAAAAUCCCACCUGGCGCCUCAGCUCUCUCCUGCAACCCAGGAUCUUCUGCGCUCAAGUGACUCACCCACCCAGUCCCAGCAGGCACAGGCAUCGGCCCAACCCGAAGAACGCUCUCACACUCCCACUUCUGGUGAGAUCCCAAUCGGCGGCGCUGGUAUUAUUUCCCCUCGUGAUCAGUAUGGCUCUGGCCAGAGCCGAUCACCGCCUCGCAACGGAUACCCUUCUUCACGCACGCCAGCUUCGGCGCACCCCGGACUUGGACCCAGGGUUGUCACCACGAAUUCUAUUCCCAAGGUUUCAGGCUAUCCUGACAGUGCUGGUCCUGUGAGCGCGAACGCUGCUACCUUCAGCUUACCUGUUCGACCAGCACCCCCAGGCGGACCUCUCCCCCCUCCGCCACCUCGAAAAGAGACUCCUGAUGAGCUACGAAGGGAGAACCGGAGACAGGCAACGUUUGGGUUGCCACCUAACCCUGGAUAUAACAUAUCUUAAGGCUACGUUUUUCGAAUUGUUCCCUGAAGCUUCAUCUCCCGGGAUAACCUUGCCGAAAAUAUUGGGACAGCGGCCUAACCCUGAAGAUCAUUUAGCAUACCUCGGCGCACUGUUUUGAAACCUGCAGUGGUCUCUGGCUAGAUCACUACACUUAAAUCACUUCAUUAUACCGUCUUCAAAACCCAAGGACCUGGUUUAGAUUUGAGGAGGCGAAGAUCUGUUGAUCUCGAUUCCCGAGAGUCUAUCUGCUGUGUCUAGUGUGGAGGAGAGUCAUGUACAGAAACCGGGCCCAUGUAGGAAACCUAAAUUAAAUCAAUUCGCGGUUGAGUUGGCACCGUGAGAUCAAACACC